GUUAUAUAAGGGGCGGGAGGGGAAUGGGUGUCGUAGUUGGAGGUGUGUGAGAGCCGCUUAUCCGUUCGUCAUCGGCUUGGCCUGAGAGCCCCGCGACGAAAAUGCAGAUCUUCGUGAAGACCCUGACAGGCAAGACCAUCACUCUGGAAGUUGAGCCCAGUGACACCAUCGAAAAUGUCAAGGCUAAGAUCCAGGACAAGGAGGGCAUUCCCCCUGAUCAGCAGAGGCUGAUCUUUGCUGGCAAGCAGCUGGAAGAUGGACGCACCCUGUCUGACUACAACAUCCAGAAGGAGUCUACUCUGCACUUGGUGCUGCGUCUGAGAGGUGGCAUGCAGAUCUUUGUGAAGACCCUGACAGGCAAGACCAUCACCCUGGAGGUUGAGCCCAGUGACACCAUCGAAAAUGUCAAAGCCAAGAUCCAGGAUAAAGAAGGCAUUCCCCCAGAUCAGCAGAGGCUGAUCUUUGCUGGCAAGCAGCUGGAAGAUGGGCGCACCCUGUCUGACUACAACAUCCAGAAGGAGUCUACUCUGCACUUGGUGCUGCGUCUGAGAGGUGGCAUGCAGAUCUUUGUCAAGACCUUGACAGGCAAGACCAUCACCCUGGAGGUUGAGCCCAGUGACACCAUCGAAAAUGUCAAGGCCAAGAUCCAGGACAAGGAGGGCAUUCCCCCCGACCAGCAGAGGCUGAUCUUUGCUGGCAAGCAGCUGGAAGAUGGGCGCACCCUGUCUGACUACAACAUCCAGAAGGAAUCCACCCUCCAUCUUGUGCUGCGCCUGAGGGGUGGUAACUGAACUGGCCAGUUGUUGUUUGCUUUGAAGUGAAAGUUCCUCUGCACUUGUUCAUUCCAAUAAAGCUGUUGCAUCCACUGAA